AUGAUAUGGUACUUGCUUUACCCACUGCGAGGAACUACAGAAGCUCCAGCUCUGUCGCCAUCCAAUCCUGUGCGUGUCGCAUUUACUCGCUAUGGUAAUUACGUUGCGCAACAUGUGAUACUGGCUUUGCUCAUCUCUGGCAUCGUUGCCACCAUCUUGAUCUACCCCAUUCCAUAUCUCUUCACCGACGACUUCACCAAUGGUGCUUCCAAUCUUCCCCAUCAUGUCUGGACUGUUGCGCAGCCCUUGGCAAGAGACGCCGCCGUUCUGCCAGACAUCAUCAUGAGAUCUAUAUGGGUCCAUGGCGACUAUAUGCAGGCGCUGGAUAAUCAUCUACUCAGUGCGGCACUAGAGCUUCAGGAUGAGCUUCUUGGGCCAACAGAAAACUUCUUUCCCGCCGCAUCACAGGGGUUUCCUCCUCCAAGUGACGACCACUGGCCCAUGUCGACAGAGAGCAGAGACGCGGUUCAUAUUGUCAACGGACUGACAAACCAGUCUUGGUUCUUUCACUCCCCCCUCCUCUACUGGCACUGCUCGCGCCAGCAAAUCCUGGCAGACACGGACAUCAUCACCACUGUCAAUGAGAGAAAGACGCAGUCUACGUCGGCAAAUGUCACACUGAGACAUUCCAUCGUUUUUAGCGGCAAGAGAUUUUCGGAAAGGAGACUUCUGGCCGCCGAUGCGCUUGUCAUCACCCUCUUGCAUCUCCGCGAUUCCCCGGUCGGCCGCCAAUGGGAACACAAUGCGCCAUUGCUCACUCGCAAAGUCCAGGAUAAGUGGGAUAUCUAUCCAACAGAUGGAAUCGUCGAGAGCAGCCAGGUUUAUGAAUUCCAGUUCCGGCCAAUAUCCAUAUACGACAUCAUCAGCUUGGCAUUGGCAUACGGUCUGAUGUUCAUUUAUUUCCUUGCAAGUCUCAAAAAGCUUCGGGCUAUCAAAUCAAAAGCUGGGCUGACAGCGACCGUCAUCACGCAAAUAUUAUUAUCCAUCAUGUCAAGCUUCACUGUAUGCGCAAUCCUUGACAUUGAUCUAUCUCGCAUUCCUCGAGCCGCUUAUCCCCUGGUCAUACUGGCUAUAAGCUUAGAGAACAUGUUCAGAGUUAUCUACGCCGUGAUACUCUCACCCGCCGAAAACAGUUCCAGCAGCCGCGUUGGCUCGGCUUUUGGACAGACGGCGCACAUAGCGUUGGCGAGCACAAUGCAGAAUGUAGCCAUCUUGGUGGGCCUUUCAAUGAUUGUCUCCCCCGGUGUCGCUGGCUUUUGCAUAUUUGCUGCCAUUGCCACAGUAUUUGACUAUUUCUACUUGUCAACCUUUUUCCUCUGUGUGUUGAGUGUUGAUGUGCGCAGAAUCGAGCUUGAAGAUGAGCUAUUGAAAGCCAGCACGCGGAGGCACAACCACACCUAUGGCCAGUUGAAAGAACGUCCGUCAUGGAUCUACAAUGUUCUGAGAGGAAAAGUCGCACUUUCUACCAGAAUAGCGGGCACGGUUGUCAUGAUUGGUUUCGUCAUCAUUGCCCAAUGGCACUUUUUCGAAGGCGUAGGUGUACUGGAACCUGGCAAGCAGCUCUUUGGCACCUCAACGUUGCAAUCACCUGUCGCCAAAGAAGCAGCCUCAUCUCUCAAAGAGAUACAUCAGGCAAGGUCCCCUGGAUCGUGGCUGCGUCUUCAAGAUCACGAGACAGCUCAAGAGGUCAUCAACGCUAUCAAGCCGUCAGCUUUUAGUUAUACAGCACAAGUGUAUGAUCCAUUGGUUUUUGUGCUCAAGGAAUCGAACCGAACGCCGCCACAGCAAAAGAAGAGGCUUCUCCCCGCGGCAUAUGACUUUAUUGAUCACCAAUUGGCCGAAUUUGUCAUCUCAAUCGCUCUGGUUUGUGCUUGCCUUCGACUACUCGCAAGCUAUCUACUUAUGGCAGACGAGGAGACAAGAGACAAUUUCUCUGAUUCCGGUGAGAGCCCGUCUCUGUCUGUCAAAACUCUAUCCGGAGGUCACGUUCUCGAUGUUGCAAUGAUGGUGGCAUCAUCAGAUGGACGAAUUGUUUCCGCAGGUCUGGACCGAACCAUACGAGUAUGGGACAUUCGUUCCAAUGUCACAAGCUAUGAGCUGCCUGGCACUAAACUAUCAGACGGACGUGGGCUGUUUCCUAUACUGGGAAUUGCCGUGGAUGCAGAGUCUAAAUGGCUGGCCAUUAUGUCAACGAGCCAGAUCCGACUUUGGAACCUAUCAGAGUACAAAUGGAGCGAUUCUAUCCCCAUGGAAUCUGGCAGCCAUAAUCCGGAAGUGUUUUGCUUUCACCCGGGGUCGACUCUGGAAAUCCCCAGACUUGUUAUUGUAAGGAAAGAUGGGACAUUGACAGACGUGUCGAUGGUGGGCGACAACCGCCGACGCGAGGCAGCUGUCUGCGAUGGUCAGCUACUCACGGCUCGCUCUCUCAUACACAAAGGGCCAGAGUCAAAUACUGUGCGGGCGAUGCAGAUCCUAUCACUCUCACGAAAUGGAGAGGCCUUUAUGUCACGGGAAACUGAGACGGGUUGGCGUUGCGAGAGCCUACCAUUAAAUGUCGUGAGUGAUACUACACUUCACCAGAUAGUGCCACUCUCUCCGCACCCUUUAUUCCUCAUUGGCGCCAUCAGCUCCGUAUACCUGGUCAGCGCGAAUGACGGCGUGGUGCAGCAUGUCUUUGCGACAGAGCCAGUGGCGUGGCGAUCCCUCCAAUGCGAAUAUUCCGACAAUCGAUAUAACAAAUCGUCUAGUGGAAUUGGAUUCAGUUCUCUGACGUUGGGGUACGUGGAAGCAAACACGCAAGAAUGUAUUGUGACCAGUUACCAUCCUGCCCAAGGCAGCGAGGCGAUUGCGGCUCUUGCACCGUCGGGCGGUGCUGGUGGAGGAUGGUGUACAUGGGAAGAGGCAAUAGAGACAAAGAAGCGGAUAAAGGACCCCGGUACUUGGGAGAUUAUCAAAGAAAGAAGCGUCAUUGGUGUGCGACAAGAAGCGAACCCUUGCCGCAAUACCAAGCAUGCAGACUACCGCAGGCGAUCGGCUACGCGGCGUGGGAGCCCCGGAGCACCUACGAGGUGGCAAGCGUGGACAGCUGCUACGGACGGGUAUCUCGAGGCAGAUGAGGUCCAGCCGCUUCUCAGUGAUGGAGCCGGCUCAGAGGAGCUCGUGGUAGUUCCUACAUUGGGGCCAAAGGCCAAAAUUGGCGUCCGAUCCGUGGCAUUUUCCCUCGGCAACACCAUCAAAGUAAUAUCUGCAGGCGGACCGGAGCGGUAUAACGCUGAUGACGACUCAACUGCAGAAUUGCUACUGCCAAAGGACAAUAGGCGCGUGCGACACGGUGGCGGUUCCAUGCGAGGGAGGGGCUAG